CCUGCGCUUUACGGCAGCUUCUAAUGUCCACAUGGUCGCUCGUGUUGUGGGGUUUUACUGUCUAUGGCUGUGAGCUUGCCCAAGUUUAAAACAGUUUGAAAUUGAUUUUACACUUCAAGUGUAUUCCAAACACAUUAAAAGCAUGGGGAAGACUAAGAACACCAAAUUCAAACGACCACCGUUUUCUCCUGAUGGUCUUGCAGCGACUCCCGUUAAACAGGUUGUUGAAGAAUCAGAAGAUGAAGACUCUCCGGCAGCCGAGCUACUCGAUAAAUUACAGAGUCCAUCAGCAGAUGUGCGGGAGUACGCCUGUGCCAGUAUCUCUCGUGUUGUACAGCAGAGUCAGGCGAUCCCAGGAUUCCUCCAGAGAGAUGCUGUCAGGAAAAUCGGACCUUUACUGAUGGAUCGCAGCCUGUUGGUCAGAGAGACUGCUGCUGGUGCUCUCAGGAAUCUUAGUGCCUGUGGAGGCCCUGGAGUAUGUGAGGACAUGGUGAGACAGGAUGUGCUGACAUCUCUGUCUGCUCUCCUGAGGGAGUGCUGUGCUGGCUUUGACGUGACGACUUCUCCUGUUAUGAAAGGACAGAAACACACGGUGGAAGACGUCACCAAUGAGGCAGUAAAUUUACUUUGGAACCUCUGUGAGAGCAGUAGCACAGCAGUGUCAGUGUUCAACAAGUCUGGACUUCUAGAUAUUCUUCUACACUGUCUAAAGAGGCACCCUCAGAAUAUGGAGUUGGCAAUAUCAGCAGCUCACUGCUUGCACACAGUAACAGAAGAUAACUCAGAACUGGUGUGCAAUGUGAAUUCAGGGGUAUUUGGCAUCUUGGACAACAUUCUGUCCACCACACACACCAGUAUGGAAUACACUCUCCUGCGCACACUGGCUGCAGGUUCUUUAUGGAAUCUAAAAAGCAGCCUGUCUUCUGCUCAGCAGUCUCAGACACUGACGGCACUGGCCGCCACUCUCUCACACUGUCUCAUGUUGGACGCUGGAGUGCUCAUCCCAGAGCUGUGGCAUGCUGAAUCUGCCCGUCUGUCUAAAGAGGCAACAUCUGCCACAGAGUCAGAUCAUACGGAUGAACGGUCUGAAGGGCACAAACCCGAAGAGAUGGAGGAGGAUGGGAGAGAUGAGAAGAUAAAUGGAAGAAAGCCCAAGGGACAAAUGUCAAAAACAAAAAGUGACAUUUCAGAUCUGUUGCCUAGAGACAGACUGGAGUUGCGAGAGGCCAAAGCACUGAUGUCAGCACAGCAGACAUCCCUGGAAAUCAUCGUCAACAUGUGCUGCUCCGAUGAGCCCUCAGAUGAUGAGUGGGAGGAGAUGUCCAGCAGUGAUGAGAGUGAGAUGUGUGCUGAUGGGAUGGCAGACACUAAUUCCAGCCUGUUCUCCCCUCUCUGUCUGUCUGCUGAACUUCACACAAUCCUGCUCAACCACAGCAUACCUCAACAGGUCUUAAAGAAGGCAGAGUUCCCCAGUGCUGAGGUCCUUGAGCUCUGUAGCAAACAUCCUUCCUGGAAAUGCCUCUUGAAAAAGAUGCACCUGGUGCAGUGUCGGGCACUGACGUGUCUCCAUAAUAUCCUUUCCUCUAUGGAUACAGAGUCUCUUGGUGGUGCUUCAGGGCUACAGGCAGUGGCUCUGCACCUCUCCACAUUGGUCUUCAGCUCAGCAGAGGUAUUAAAGGAUGAGGAGUUUCUGGAGGCUGUGACCAGUGCUCUUCGGUCUCUUCUACAGAUCAUGGCUACCAAAAACAUCCCUCAGUGUAUGACUCCACACCAGCUAAUGAGUUUUUGUGAGGCUGCUACCAGCUGUGAGCUGGUCAGUGUGAGAGUUAACGCUCUGGCCAUUCUUGGUAUCACAGGAAGUUCUCUUGCCAAAGAGAAAAACACAGAAGACACUCUACGGCUGAUUGGAAAUGCAUUACUGAAUGUUGCAACAAAGGACACAAACCUGGUGGUGUGCGGGGAAGCGCUGGACGCCCUCUUCGAUGUAUUUGCUGAUGGCGAUGAAGCAGAGGCUGCUGGAAAAAAUAUUAACCUGCUUUCAUCGCUCAAAGCUCUUCAGCCAGGGUUUAGGGCCAAGCUGCGAAAAGAAGGCAGAGGAAAAUACAGCCCUGAUCAGCUUUGUGUUCUGGACAACAUAAGGAUCAACCUUAAGAGAUUCAUCGGCUACUUGGAGAACCUGCAGAGAAAAUGAGGCUUCAGAGAUCUGGAGUACAAAUUCUCUGUAAACGGCUCGCCUAAUUUUAUUUAGCAUUUUCUAUCUGUACUCUAUGGUUUUCUUUUUAUGAGAGAGUGUUUAUGUGAGGAAAUUAAGAUACAAAAUUAUGUUUGUAAAACCAAACAUAUAAGUGCUUUAAUUAAAGAGUCACAUAUCAUAAUUUUUUCUUGUUGUGUUGACAAUUAAGAAGAAUAAGUAUUAAUCUGU